CACCAUUGCCGUGCUGAAGAGAUAACAACAAAAAUGGGGAUAUAUUCAUAUAGAGCUACUGCAUAUAUUGAUCUAAAAACAGGCUUUUGUUGUAAUUUUUAAUAGUUUUUAGCUGAAAAUAAGUUCUGACUCGGUGAUGUGCACCGAAUACCGACAGGAGAAGAAAGAACUAAUUGAAACAUUAUAUAAGGAUAGAAAACUGUCUAAUCUUCCUAAGAUAACCCAGCCUACACUAAUAAUCUGGGGAGAACAGGACCAGGUAUUCCCACUGGAAUUAGCACACAGACUGAAAAGGCAUCUAGGCGAGAAUGCACAACUAGUUGUUGUUAAGAAUGCAGGGCAUGCAAUCAAUAUGGAGAAGCCCAAGAAACAGUAUAAGAUUUUAAAAUCCUUCCUCAUCGAUUCCGUUACUCCAUCGCAAGAAAAUCAUAGUAAUGGUCCCAAACUGGAUUAGUGUGGUCGACUUAUAGAAAAUAUAGAGAUUCAGUUACAUUACAGCUAUGUUUGUGUAUCUAUUUUCUUAUUACAUAGUAAACAGCCAUGCUGUAUAUUUUCUUGCAUGGGAUAGGGUAGAUGAAGCUUGUAAAGAUGGUUCUGAAAAGAGAAAGAUUACAUAAAGGUGUGGAUGUAAAUGAACAACAGAAAGAAAAUUUUAGGGAUCAACCACAAUAA